CGGCGGGCUGCGUGCCGGCGCCGGGGGCGUGGCCUGGAGCGCGUCGCCGCGCACCGUGCGGAAUCUGCGCCGGCCGUUGGCCGUUGGCGCGGCUUGGCGGUUGUCUUGGAGAAGCAAGAUGGCGGCGACAGCGGCUGCAGUGGCUCCUGAGGAGGACAUGGAGCUGCGAGACCUGCUGGUGCAGACGCUGGAGAGCAGCGGGGUCCUGAACCGCGUCAAGGCUGAACUCCGAGCAGCUGUGUUUUUAGCGCUAGAGGAACAAGAAAAAGUAGAGAACAAAACUCCUUUAGUCAAUGAGAGCCUGAAAAAGUUUUUAAAUACGAAAGAUGGUCGGCUGGUGGCUAGUCUUGUUGCAGAAUUUCUUCAGUUUUUUAAUCUUGACUUCACCUUGGCUGUUUUUCAGCCUGAGGCUAGCACGUUUCAAGGUCUCGAAGGUCGAGAAAACUUAGCCCGAGACUUAGGUAUUAUUGAAGCAGAAGGUACUGUGGGUGGACCCUUACUAUUAGAAGUGAUCAGACGGUGUCAGCAAAAAGACAAAGGGACAGCAAGUGGGGUGGGGGUACUGGACCUAUCAGAUGUACAUUCUCCUCCAAAGUCACCAGAAGGAAAAGCCAGCACGCACACAACUACCAGCAAGAUACCAAGGUAUAAAGGACAAGGUAAGAAGAAGACAAGCGGGCAGAAGUCUGGUGCCAAGAGGGCCAGCAGUGAUGCAAGUCACAGUGAUAAAAGCACCUCUUCGUCGGAAGCAAAGAGCAAAAGUGGUCUUCACUUAAUGGCCCAAGAAGUGAAAAUUGGAUCUUUCUUAAGCAGCAAAAGUCUGGAUGUCACAGACAAAGCUGCUCUUUGCGCAGAUGAAGAUGAUAUGGAAGGGGAUUCUUUCUUUGACGAUCCCAUUCCUAAACCAGAAGAAACUCACGGCUGGAGAAGUGAACCUAGUAAGCAUGUAGGAAGCCUGGCAUCGCUCUCCGACGCCCCCCCUUUAAAAGGUGGACUCAGCUCCCUUGCUGGAGCCCCCUCGUUGAGAGACUCUGAAAGUAAAAGGGGGAACACAGCUUUGAAAGAUCUCAAGUUGGUCAGUGGUAAAACUGGAUCAUUUGGACUAGGGACUGGAGAAGACGAUGACUAUGCUGAUGAUUUUAAUAGUACCAGCCAUCGCUCAGAAAAAAGUGAGCUAAGUAUUGGUGAAGAGAUUGAAGAUCUCUCUGUGGAGAUAGAUGACAUCAACACCAGUGAUAAACUUGCUGACCUGACGCAGGACCUGACCAUGUCCCAGCUCAGUGAUGUGGCAGAUUACCUGGAAGACGUUGCUUAGACAGGAAAGAAGGAAGUACCCUAAUCAACACAGGACAAAGGACUGUAAUCAGUUCCUUUUUUUUUCCCCAGACAAUCGCUUUUUGCUGGAAUGUCUGCUCCCUGUUGGUGCCUCAUGUUUCAGAAAGACUGCAGAUUUUUAAAAAAUUAACCUUUUGUCAUACUAAACAAACUACUUCCUACUUGAGCCCAUGUGUGGGAGAUUUAAUAUUCUUAAUUUGGUUCAGUUACACAUUUCUCUAUGGAAAUUGAUUGUCUGUGAUCAGAUUCAUUACCCAGGGUGGCACCAGUGUUAGGAGUAUCAUGGAAAGGGUGAGUAAAGCUGGAGGUUCACACAGCUGUGUGUGCACAUAUGGCUUUAGCCAUCCAGAGUCACAGUGCAUUUGAUACCAGGUGGUUCUGCAGAGAGUCUGCAAAUGACUGGGUGCAUUUAUAGUGCUGACACCUAUUACUGUAAAUCACAUUUGAUGUCAAUUUUAUUUUGUAUUUCCUUCCAUUUGGAAGGCUUGUCAGACCAUUAAGGUUAUAUUAAACUACUCUUGUGUGUGCUGUCAUUUUGCUUGUUUUAAUGAAAUCUUGAGGUGGUUAUGACUUAAUUCACCAAGUUGUUAGUGGCAGUGUUUGGGGUUGCUGCCCCUGUGACCUUGUGUGAGGCGCUGGUCACAGGUUCUUGUCACCAUAGUUAUUGUAAAGCUACCUCAAAACAUACUAAAUGCUGAAACCCAUCUGGAACCGUUAAGCAGUACUCUUAUUUCAGAUCUGUAAGUUGAUGAUACUAAAAUCCAAAUUGGACUGUAACAGUAGUAAUGGCCUAAGACCAUACACAGUUGGACAAGCUAUGCACUGUAUGUGGUUCUGUGGCCACCCUUUCAGGUGAGCCUGGAGCAGGGCUUCACAGUCUCCUUCCCCUUGUAUCCGCGUGAAGCUCUUUCUGUGGCUACUGACGUGUUGCUGAGGCAUCGUGGGUUUUGGAGUGAUGCGUGCAUGUGCCUGUGAACAUAAACUGCUUGUAUGUGAAGUGUUGUACUUUAAAAUUUUAGUUAAUUUAUGCUUCUUAUGAACAGUUACCUUUAUUAAUAAAAGGUGCAAAUUAGACUUAAUUCUUGGUCUCAAUAAGUGAGCAGACUUCAUGGUUUGUGUAAUGCCAUUUUUUCAUUUCCUAUCAGCCCAAGUAUUAGAAAAGUAUUUGCUGGGCCCUAAUAUGUAAAGGGAAAUGAUAAUGUAAGCAUUAAGAUUAUAUAAUGUUAGAGUCUGAUUUUAUAAAAUUUAAAUGAAAUGGAGCCAUAACACUAAGAGAAUGUAAGAAAGAAAAAGGGUGAGGAAGUCUGGAAGCAGCUGCUUGUCUGCCCUUGAUUUGUGGACCGUGAUCUCAGUUGAAUUUUUUGUGUUUUAUGUGUGUAAAUAGCACUGUGUGAAUAUGGAAUCAGUCGCUAAAAGUCCCCCAUAUGCUUGUUAGAAAAUGCACUUAGAUGUCAUGUCUGUAAACAGUCACUUUCUAUAAAGCAUUAGAGUUCUGGCCCUCUGGGGUCCAAUGAAUAUGUGAUUUAUUAUCUAUAUUAUUGGAUAGCUAGAUUUCAAUGAAAUGGUUUGAAAGUAUAACAAGAGGUGGCUUUUUAAACCUGUGGGAACUUGAACAGUAUCAUUUGAAACUUGUCAUUUUUCUGUUAUCCAGAGACUCUGACCUUUUGAUAAUGUCUGGGAAGAUGGGGAGAAGAGUGCCAAACAUGAGACUUCCUUUGUCAUUAGUACUACAUACAUAUGAUUGGAAAAUUUUAAAUAACUUAAGUGAUGAAAAAGUUUUAUUUCUACAUGUGUUUCUACAUGCUUAGAUUUUUUAAUGUGUUUAGUGCUUUCUUUUUGUUAAGAAAUACAUACUGAAGUAUUAACCCAUGGAGUACAUCUUUAUGGUAAACCUGUGUUUCGCAGAGUAGUCGACAUGUGCUUGGUCUCACUGAUGGUAACCCAAAGGGAAUAAAGGCUUUACUCUUACCUGUGGAGCCUGUCUCACAGCCUUUAUAUUGCACAGUGUGUGACAAGGACCAAGUGCUGCUGUGUGUGUGAUGCUCUUGACCCUGUCACAGAGCCUGCCUCCACCAUCUCCCCCACCAGACCCCAGCAUGUGGGCCUGGCCACCUCCUCGUUGAUGUUGGCUCUGUCUUGGGAUGGCCACACUUGCCUCCUGAUGUCUGCAUCUCCCUCUCCCAGAACUUGUCCAGCCAGCUUGUUUUGUCUUGUUUUCCGAGAAGCUCCAGCCCCAGGAGUUCCCAUUUUCCCUCCCACCCUGUCUCUCUGUCACCUCCACCCUAUGUGUUUUACUCAUCACUGAAAUGGGCCCAUUGACUGUCCAUAAGCUCCAUUACAGCCGGGAUGUUUCCAGCCACUGUGCAUCCUUGGUACCUAGAACAGCAUUUGGCCCAUGUAUGUGUUCAGGAAGACUCCAUGGUAUGCAAACUGGCUCUGAGCACUGGCAAGGAGGCCUGGGAAAUGUAGUUUCUGGCUGGGCAGCUGCCUCCCAAGAACACUACCACACAGCUGUGAGGCAACAGCUGUCCUGACUAAACCUGGAGAGGCUCCAACCUCACCGGGGAGAAGUGUGCUCCUGGUUCUGUAAAGGCUGUCAUUGGACAGCUGGUCCCUGGCUGCCUGCCCCUUCCGCACCAAGACUAGCUGGAACAGUGCUCUUGAUGGAAGUGGACAGUUGUUCUGCCUGGGGCUAUGCUGACAUAGGAGGGAAGCAGAGCAGGACUCGAGUAGCUGGACAGAUGACCCUGCUGGACAUGCAAGGAAGGAGAGCUGGAAUGGCGACUGUCCUGGCGAAAGCUGAACCCCAGGGAGGCAGAGCAAAGCUGCCUGAUCCCCACCUGUGUUCUGCCUACCCCUGCCCUCUUGACAUGGUCUGCCCUGCCAGCCUCUAUUCUAGGAAGGGGCAUAGUUGGUGAAACGAGCAGGGGAAAUAAGGGCAGCAACAUUUAUGACUCACUCAUGCAACUUUCAGAACAAAGGAACCCUGAGCUGUCAGGAAAGUGAACAGCAUGGUAUAAACAGCCGGUUAUCUCAGAGGAAACCUAAUUCAAACACCAAGAUAGUUUAAAAAGAAAAACCUGAUUACACUGCUUGAGAUUUGAGAUAACUUUUACUUAAAAGAGGCUACUAUGGAAAAGGUACAAUCAAAAUGAUUUUCGGUUAAAAAAAUCAUUAGUCUAAGUUCAGUAGAAGUGAUCAGAUAACUCGAAAAAAUUUAGUAACCUUAGCGGUAAAGAACUCUGUGUUUAGUAAAAAGGCAAAGAUGAAGACUGAAUAGCCUUGAGAUGUGGGCUGAGGAUCCGUUAAGGACUAGCAUCCAUGUGCCCUUGGACAAGUCCCUGGGGCAAACGGGCAGACACUGGCAAGGAUGUGCAUGGGCGCAGCGGCUCCUGGGUGCAUAUAUUCUGUGAAACGGCAUUCCUAGCAUAAGAAGAAGACUUCCAAGAUUACCUAAAAUGAAAGAGUGAAAUUGCCUGUGUGGGACUGGCUAGAAGUUAGCCACAACUACAAAGUUAGAAGAGGAUUUUUGAACCUAGCAUAUCUGCGCUAAUAAGAAAGGAAGCUUCCUGCCAGUAGGAAGUGAAUCCCAAAGCGAGGUUAGGUGGGCCUGGCAUCUUGCAUGUUAUCGGGCUUACUCUGCUCCUACAGGGCUUGCUGUCCCUGGUGAAGGUGACCUGUGAAUCCUCCCUGCCUUGGCGAAGCCGGCCACGCCUUUCCUGGAGGCGCCUGCAGGCGGGACAGUUGAGCUGGGUAAGGUCUGCCUUCUUCACACAGACCUGCUUCCUGAGAAACGGAGGAGAGGGCAGGGGGUUAGAAAGGGCCAGCAGUGGGGGCUUGGCGGGGCCAGUCUCAGGUGCAUUGGGAGGAAGAAAGGCAGGUGGUGGCAACAGGACAGAGGCGUCCAGAUGGUGGCUUACGCGAUGGUCAUUUCUGCUGUUUUAACUUGAGUUGGUUUUUGACGAUUUAUGAAAUCUUCAGAUUUGAUGGUUAUUUUUCCCAUUAGUCUUCAAUUUUCAAAACUGUAGUUGCUAAAACCAAUUUUGGCAUGUUUUAUAAUUUGCCAAAUUAUGGGAUAUAGAUCUUAAUCAUACUUGUUUGUAAAUCAUUUUUAGUUUUAUAAAACUGGUAGCUCUUCUGAAAUGAAAAUUUUUGCCAAGUUCCCUUUUCAUUUAAAGCCUUCAGCGUUCCUGUGCUCUCUCACUCCAUAUGGUGUGUGGUUUUGACUUUGGUAAGAUUCUAUGCCAACCGCACCGAACUACACAGUCAUGGCUUGUUGCCACGUGGUUGCUUUUGCCUGGGACACACCCCCUGCCUCUGCCUGUGCCCCCUCGCUUCCCAUCUCAUGCAUACCUGGGCCGUAUGUAGUCUCCUCCCCGAGGCCCAGGUGAGAGGGUAUAAAUGUCCUCUUCCCUCAGCAUACAGGUACUCGUCAUCUGCUCGCUUUUGCUGUCUGCACACCUGUUGUGGGGGAAAUGUUACCGAUAUUCCAACAUGUUUGACAACUGUUUAGGGUUUGCCGGACACCAGGUACUGUGCCAGGAGCACACACGCAUCUCACAGCAUCCUGGUCUCUGCCCACAGGGACCAGGGACACAUGUUCGCGCUGUGUGCUGGCGGCUGGAGUGUGUGUACUGCCUGCCAUGCCUCUUAGGAACAGGGAAGAGAACAAACUUGCACCUUGUGUGGGGACUGGAGAAUGUCUGAGAUGAUCUUUGAACUUUGGGAAGCUGAUGAGCUGAGGGAUCUGCCCAGGAUUGCUGGAAUCAUGCAGCACAAGGAAGUGUUACCAGCAGGGAGGUGCCGUGCAGGAAGCAGGCAUGCAGGAGACUGUGCAGCAGAGCCAAGGCAGGUGCGUUUGAAACCUGCCGGCGUAGCUGCUGGGCAAGUUACUAUCAAUAGUCAGUUUGCUCAUCUGUAGAAGGAGUAAAUAACUGAUGACCUCAUAGGGCUGUUGUGGAAAGCAGAUAAUGCUUGUGGAACGUUUAGCAUUAUUCUUGGCAAAUAGUACUUAGGGGUAUCAACCAUUUUUACCGAAAGGGAACAGUCACAGUUUUACUGGAGGCGGGAAGGUCAGCAGGGCCUCAGGGGGCCCAGCUUCCGAGGAGCCUCUGUCCCCCUCCAAGGCCCGGUCCCAAUGCUCCUCGGCCUGGGAGCCCGCCUCUCCGUUCUCGGGCUGCCUCCAGCGGGUGGGGCAGGCCCGGCCUGUCCCCUUCGGCCUCUCAGUGCUGUCGGGACCUGGGCUGGUCUUGGGGACGCCACCGCCAUGUGGGGGAGACUGGCAGCUCAUUAACGAAAUGAAAACCACCGAAACUUAUCAGCACCGAGGUAUGUCAUCACAAUUCACAUUGACUGUGAUUUUAACCCCCAGAACGCAUUGUUUGGGAUUAGAGAAUAACUCGGUGCACUCCAGGCCGGCUGGCCGCGGGGGGUUAAGCUUGGGCCCCACGGUGCGCUGCGCUCAGUCCCAACGCCAGGGCCCGGGAGCGGGGAGAGCGCUGACAGGCCCUCCCCAGACACGCUGGACACGGCGACGCGCGAGUUAAACUUUGAAUAGAAAUGAAUAGGCCCUUGUAUUAUUUGAUGAUCCAUUCAAUGAAGAGUGUAUAUCGUAUAAGUGUACAAAUACCUCUCUGAUUUGACACAAAAUAUGGGUAAUGAUAAUGUAAAGCUGUAAUGUGCUAUUAUGUUGAAGACAUUAAUGAAAAACUGCUGAAUGUCAUAAAAAGAAUGAUUUCUAAAAUGUUUCUAGUCACAAAGAAAAUUUGAAAUGCCAUAAAUCAUAAACUUCUAUGUGAAAACUAAACUUGAAAAAAGUUUCCAAUAUGUGGUGAUUCUAAAACUUACCUAUUUCCAAAAGUGAAUUGUAAAGAUCGAUGAUACUCAUAAAAUAUAUCAAUAAUUAAAAAACCAUUUUGAUCAGUCAUUCCAGAGAAGAAUUAUCUUCACAGAAAGAUAUUUUUAAAAAGUCAUUGUGAUAUGAAGAGGUGAUAUCAGAAAGUACACCAUGAAAGUGAUGGAGGAAGGGUGUGUUGAUGUCUUGUUGGCUAAUAAAAGUGUUGUGUGAUUUUCCUA